ACUGGACAGAUGAGAGGGGAUUUCUGUACCAGACUCCAGAGCUAGAGGCAAGACAAGACAAGACAUACCCUGAAUAGCUCGUUGACCUAGCUUGUAGGUUUUGGCUUUGAGAAACACCAGUAUAAUUCUUUCACCGCUACGGAUUAUCAGAAUUGGUUCUGUGGUUAUCCCCGGAGAAUCUUCAGCAAUUGUACCUUUCCGAAUCUGUUUCUCAGUAAACAAUACUUGCAAGUACAGCGUAACGAUGUGUGUACAUUUCCUGCUUGGUGAAGUCUGACUUAGUCCAUGACCCUGCGAAAGCUGCUGGCGAUAUGAAGCCCACUAUCGAGGCCAAAAUUGUCGUACUCGGUGCCCAAGGCGCUGGCAAGACGUCACUGGUGUUGCGUCAUAUGAACAAGUCCCAGUUCAGCAGUGCAGUCAGUCCGACGAUCGGGGCGUCCUUCUUCACUUCUCGCAUGACUGUGGAUGUUGAUCGAGUCAAGCUUCAGCUUUGGGACACUGCGGGGCAGGAGAGAUUUCGUUCUAUGGCACCCAUGUACUAUCGGAACGCCAACGCCGCCCUAAUCGUCUAUGACAUCACCGCUGCGGACACGUUCGAGGCGGUCGCCAGCUGGGUUGCGGAACUGCGACAGAAUGUUGACUACAAAAUGGUUCUCUGUCUGAUUGGCAAUAAAGUGGACCUGGAAGACCGACGUGUAGUCACCAAGCGUGCCGGACAAGAGUACGCCAACUCUAUCGAUGCAUCAUUCUUUGAAACGUCAGCUCUGGGCAAUAUCUGUGUCCAUGAGGCUUUCCUUCAAGUGGCGCUGGACCUGAUCGAGUGCGAGCGGCGAGCCCACCCAGAGCGCUUUGUGCCCGGAGCGGCCGGCGCUGGCGACGAAUCGGAAACGGACAGCCGGAGAGGCAGCAACGCUGACGGUGGUGCGCUGGCGUUAGCCGGAGGUGCCGGCAGGGACGAAACCGACGGCGAAUCCGGAGAGAGCAAAUGCUGCUAGAGGUGCUGUUCGCCCCCCGUGGCUCUCUGCGUCGCACAAGAGCACCCAGUGUGUACGCAAGCCAAUAGGCCAUGUUAUUACUCGGGUGCAGGUCACUGUUUUAGCCUAUCCCUGGUUGAUGUCCACCAGUACUACAUCAACAGUGAUUGGCGAGUCCAAACGCCAAAUGUUCAAAUUACCUUAGUCGAAUCAGAAAAUGCUAUCACCGUCGGGUUUAUAAACUUCCGGUGGCUUGUUGCUAUUUUGUCUACUCAUCCACAAAGAAUGUGGGCGUUGUGUGGAUGCCUCAGAGCCCAACACCACCUGCCCUCGCCCUCGCCAACCCCUACACCUAGUUACUCCCUUGAGAAUCAUCUUAUUUCUGGCACGCCGUCGUGCGUCCGGUCUCCCAGCCAGUUACCCGUUUUGAGAUUUUUUACGAGUCCUGUCUUCUCUACGCGUCACCACUCGCACAUCUCUCUUGCAUUCAUUUCUCUCACAAUGUACCUAGCAGACGACCGACGUCGUGCUGCUACCGACAGUCCAGAUGUUUUACCAUCACGCAGCCAAGUGUAUGCUCAGGCAGCCGACUGAGCCCGUUUGUACGCUUGGUGCAAUGGCCUAGGAUGCGCACUCUAGACAUACUCGCAUAGCCUUCUUCUGCGGCAUGCGGGCGCGUCCUGCUUCUUCCAUGCCUUUCCACCCCUGUUGCCUUCCUGCUUGGCACUGGAAUCUGGCCACUGGCAAACUUCGCCUGUAGGUACCAAAGCCACUGUGCAUCAUUAUAUUUUAUCAUUUUUAUAUUUAACCCUGCACAUCACUCAAGCUGGUCUUGGAAGCAGGAGGUCGAGACAUCUCUAUGGAUUUUAGUUGUGCGAGGCUCAUUGCUUACGUACCGUUUAGAGCCUUUUCAUGACGCAUCUAGCUUGGCUAUGCUCGCUUUGCGGAGCAGAAUUUCAAGACAAAUUGUUGGUUCACUGGC